AAACAGCUCCAAAAAUCAAGGGGAGUAGUUAAAUUUGCUUUUUCCACCUGAAUUCCGUGUUUGGUAAUGAAUGGGGGAAGUACAGGUGCUGCAGAAUUUGUGGGCUGUCAAUCGGGAUUGGCAAGCACAUCCGGAAGGAUACUAGGCCUGUGUGCGAAUUCUUGGUGGUUGCGGGACAAUACUUGUGCUCGCCACCUCACCAGCUUGUACUGGACUUAUGGGACUCGCAAUGUCACCAAGUCAUACUACAGUGCUGAUAUGUGAAAGACCCAAGAUUUACUAGACCGCUGGUGCUCGCCAGUUCACCAAAAGGUAGCGUGGCACUAGUACUGGCACUCUGCUGCAUAUGAGAGUCAUC